CACGCAAGGAGGUGAUCGCUUUGCUGCAGCGCGACAAGCUCUCGGACUGCGCCGGAGCGCGGGCGCGCAGCUACGCCUGCAGACGCUGAUCGGCAAGCAUGACCACAAAACCUGCGCCGGGAGCCCUCCCCACAACGGCCCCGCCGACCAGGGCCUACGUCCAGGCGAGACGGUUGGCCGCACAGCGCACCACCGAGGAGGCGGCCAUGGCCGAGGCGGCGCGCCUGCUCGCCAAGUCCUCGCUGGCGUCGAACGGCUCGGACCAACUCGGCCUCAGCCUCAACGGCGGAGGCAACCACGCUCUCUCGGCAGGCUAUGGCAUCCUCCGCGGCCUGUUCAAGAAGGACGACGCGUGCUCCAAGCUCGACAUGAUGCUGGGCGUCUCGGGAGGGAUGUGGACGACGGCGAUCUACGCGUUUGGCUAUCGCGACCUGUCCAACGCCGAGGCGCUGACCAAGCUGCUCGAUCCGUCUCGCUCCUGUGAUCCCAGCCUCAUCACCCUGGACCUGUUGAACGAGCUCGACUCGGGCACCCUCGGCUACUCGGCCGUUCGCCCCUUUGGAUGCCGCGCGCUCGUCCUCUGGCCGGCGUACCUAGCGGGCGGCCUUGUCUCGCAACUGACCGGCCUCAACACAGUCAACGCGCACCAGCUAUGGAUCGACUCCGUGCAUUCGACGUACCUCGCCCCGUACGGCAUCAAGCAGGGCAAGUUCAUGGCGCCCAAUCAAGAGACGAUCGAUGCCUUUGUGAAGGCGGAUCCGGAUGUGACGGCGGCGGAUUUUAUCGCACCUCGCGUCGGGAAGGAUGGCCCGCUCCCGCUCCCGAUGGGCGCCUUCACGAUGAUUGGCCCGUCGAUCCCCAACCAGAGCAAUUUCCUCGGCCCGCUCAAGGAGAUGCAGAAGCGCUCGGUCGAGGAGGGCGGCACGACGGAGGCGGUGCAGAAGGCGCGCAAGGAGUUCAACGGAGUCUGCCUAGUGCCAUGGGUCGCCACCGCCGCCACAGUCUACACCAAGUACCAGUCUGAGCCCGACGGCCCGUCCGAGAUGGCGUUCGACCAUUGGCAGUUCCGCGGAGGCUGCAGCAAGCCGCCGCCGCUCCGGUUCAACGACACUGAGGCGCUUGACAUCCCCUCGUACAAGUUCGCGCAGCCCAGCCGCGAGUGGUGCACGCCGGGCGGCAACGUGACGACCGACCGCUUCACGCUCGAUACGCUCGUCGGCUUCUCGAGCGACGUGCUCGAGGCAGAGCUCAACCUUGUUCGCUGCUGCAACCCUCUCCUCGGAACACUCAGUGGCCGGCUCAACAUCCAGACGGCGCCCAACGACAGCGCGCUCAAGGAGGGCGUGCUCAACCAGGCGUCCUGCAACUUUGGCGACGGCGCCAUCAUCGACAACACCGGCAUUGCUUCUCUCGUGGCGCAAGGCGUUCGCUCGAUCGUCGCGAUGGUGUCCGCAUCCAAGUCCUUCUACCCCCCUCCGCCCCCGGCGCUCGCCGCGGCCGGCAAGGCGAUGGAGGUGGGCAGGGCGGCGCGGUUGCAGGCGCGCGGGCGCAGCCUCGCUUCGGUGGCCGCGGCAGAGCUCGCGGUCGUGCAGCAGAUCCAGGAGCAUCUCGGGCCGUACCUAGAGGGCCUUUACCACCCUCAGGGCAAGGCGCCCCUCGACUCGUCCCUCGUCUCGCUGUUCGGGCUCAUGCACGUCCCUGAUGACCAGCAGAACCAGGCGGGUGCUUGGGUGCUCGCGAUGAACCACGUUCUGCAGGCCGAGAAGCUGUAUGGCAUCGUGCGCGACUUCACCGAGCUCUACCAUAAGGGCGCGCCGCUCGUGGCGACUCUCGAAGAUUGCGAGGUGCAGCCCAACCCUUUCCACGGCACGACCCGCAACGACGACAAGGGCCAGCAGCGGCUCUGCACUCUCACGGUCGUCUAUUUCACGAAGCCCGGUGAGACGGGCUCGUACAAGGAGUCCGCCGACAAGCUGCCGAAGUGGGAGCCCAGCGAUUCGUACGUGCCUGGCUCGUGGGCAGCGUGCGUGGGGAGCGCGGGAGGCGAGAACGAGGCCAUCUGGUCGCGCAGAGACAUGAGGGAUUUCCCCUACCUCGCACCGAUCGCGCAAAACCUGUUCGCGUGCCCCCCGCGCCUCGCGGCGUACACGAAGGCACAGGUCAACCUGAUGGCCUACCUGGGUGACUUCAUCAUCGAGUACCACUGGGAGAAGCUUCUCGCUCCGGUCUUUGCUCGCGGCAGCAACACGGCGGUGGCUGCACCUGCAGCGCGCAGGCCGGGCGGAAACAGCUGAGAGCUCUCGCUGUAUUGGCAUCUGCACGGUUGCAUGCACAUGCUGCAUGCAUGUGUCGUGCACGCAACAUCGAGUUGGCAUGUUGCUCUGGACACGUACACGUACGACGUAGCUGCACACCGCAUGCACACCGCACGCACAGGUGCCCACACAGCCCCCGGAAUCGCAUGUUCUUGCAUAUGCACCCAACCGUAACAAAAAUACGGCUUUUCUAGUUCGACGUUGCGAGCGAAAAUAAAAACAACAUCGGAUCG